CAGGGGUAACGCGAAACGCGGACUCUACGCGUGUACCUGGGGGUCCUUUACGCGUGAUUGAUAGCCAGGGCCUUUCAACGCGCGAAUUCACCCACCAAGCAACCACAUUCUCAAAACAUUAUCUCCAUUGUGUGAACGGGCAGAAUUGAACAACCACACCGCUAUGCUAUUUUAGAUUUGUAUUUCUGGGUUCAACGCUUCAUCAUGUCGAAAUCUGCUCGCUCGUCAAAAUUGGCAGAGCUUCGUGCUCUUCGUGAGUCGGGAAAGAAGCGCCUCGACACUUACGAAGUGCACCAAGAGGAGGACCUAUACGAAGAAGUGGAUGAAGAUGGAUACAAAAAGGUUAUCCGUGACCGCCUAAACCAGGAUGACUUUGUCAUCGACGAUAAUGGAGAGGGUUAUGCCGAUGACGGCCGGGAAGACUGGGACAGGCGGCAAGGAUACGACAGCGAGAGUGAGGAGGAUGCCCGUCCCAAAGCGAAGAAUGGGAAAGCAGCAAAAAGGAAACGGGAAGAAGAUAAGACGAAAAGGGAGAAUAUGGACAGGGGAAUCAAUAAUUACUUCACAAAGGGGCCGGUAGUGGCGCAACCGAAAGCGAAGCCUGUGAAAACACAAGCAGACGACGACUUCUUGGGAGACCUCCUUGCCGAGGUAGACACAAACGUUCUUCCCCGAGCUUCGCAUCACCCACCGAAGCAACUGACUCGACGGACGAGGGCCCUUUCUCCGCCUAUCCAAAGUGCCAAAAGCUUGUCAGCUAAGAGGAUGAGACUGGGGGGCGCAAACGACGCCCCGCUUGCGCAUGAUGACGAUGACGGCAACUUCAUUGGCGGGAUGGACGACGACGACGUACCUAUGAGCGACCCGGCACCCUCGUCACCCGUUCAGAAAGCUGUGGAGCGGAAAGCACAAGUAGCUAUCAAAGCGGAGGAGGAGGAUGACUACGAUGCGAUGGAGGUAGCUCAAGCCGACGGAAUUGCUGCUGCCAGUGUCAACAUGUCCGGUUCAAGGCCUGUGCCGAAGCUUUUGAAACCCGACCCAUACCCAACCCCAGGAAGCUCUUCGCCCACAAGGCCGCCUCCUGAAGAAGUAGAUGCGUCAGCCUGGAAUAAUGUCACUUCGCGCUUAAAUGUCAUCUCUAGCAGCCCUCCGACAGACACCAGGACUUACGGGAAGAUGGACUACAAAGAUGCAAUUGAGGGAGACGGAAGUUUGAACAUGUUCUGGACAGACUAUACCGAAGUGCAUGGCAGCCUCUGCCUUUUCGGAAAAGUCAAAAACAAGAAGACUGGCGAGUAUGUCAGCUGCUUUCUCAAAGUUGACAAUAUUCUACGGAAGGUAUUCUUUCUGCCGCGAGACAACCUGUAUAAGCAUGGCAGGGAAACCUCCGAGGAAGUGAGCAUGGAGGACGUCUACAAAGAGGUUGACUCUAUUAUGACACGGAUGAAGGUUGGUAUGCACAAGAUCAAGCCUUGCUCAAGGAAGUACGCCUUCGAACUCGAAGAUGUACCGAAAGAGGGCGAAUAUCUCAAACUGCUUUAUCCUUACAAUAAGCCUGCCCUGCCAAUCGACCUGACUGGCGAUACCUUCUCACAUACUUUCGGGACCAACACUUCGAUAUUCGAACAGUUCGUAUUGUGGAAGAAUGUUAUGGGUCCAUGUUGGUUGAAGAUUGAAGACGCCGACUUCACCUUCCUCAACAAUGCCUCUCACUGCAAGCUUGAAGUCCAAGUGACCACACCUAAUCUUAUCACCCCUCUGACGGAGUCGGACAGCAUGGAGCCUCCUCCAUUGACCCUUAUGAGUCUUGCCAUGAGAACAACCUUGAAUGCCAAGGACAACAAGCAAGAGAUUUUAGCCAUCAGCGCGCGUAUUUACGAAAACAUCUCUCUUAACGACACAACGCCAGCGGAGCAGAUCCCCUCCCGAACCAUCACAAUAAUUCGACCUGUUGGCUCUUCUUUCCCUCUGGGAUUCGAAGAUCUCAUCAAGAAGAAGAGCCGGGGCCUGGUCAAACUGUGCAGACAAGAACCGGAGAUUCUCAGUUUCUUCUUGGCACAGCUUGAUAGGGUCGACCCUGAUGUCAUUCUUGGCCACCAGCUCGAAGGUGUCGACUACAGCAUUCUGCUCAGUCGCCUUCAGACUAGAAAGACGCCCGGAUGGUCUAGGAUCGGAAGAUUUAAGCGCAGCGACUGGCCAGGCUCUAUGGGCAAGAUUGGAGGAAACUUCUUCGCUGAACGCUCGUUGAUUUCUGGACGUUUGCUUUGCGAUCUUGCUAACGAUGCUGGUAAAUCGACAAUGACAAAGUGUCAGUCCUGGAGUCUCACUGAAAUGUGCAACCUCUACCUUAGUAGUGGCAACAACGUCCGCAGAGAGGUCGAUAACGAAGUGGCGUUGAAGACAUGGGCCUGCACCAGGGAUGGUUUGGUAGACUAUAUCGGCCACUGCGAGGCAGACACAUAUUUCAUUGCCGCAUUGGCUCUGAAAGUGCAGAUGCUGCCACUCACAAAGGUCCUCACAAAUUUGGCUGGAAACUCUUGGGCAAGGACACUUACGGGUACCCGUGCGGAGAGAAACGAGUACAUUUUACUACACGAAUUCCACCGCAAUAAGUACAUUGUUCCUGACAAGGCUCCAUUCAAGGGUAGACCCAAGACAGAGCAACAAGACCAGGACGAGGAGGGCGGAGACGCGAAAAAGAAGGACAAAUAUAAGGGUGGUUUAGUCUUUGAGCCCGAAAAGGGGCUUUACGACAAAUUUGUGCUGGUCAUGGAUUUCAACUCCCUCUAUCCUAGUAUCAUUCAAGAGUACAACAUCUGCUUCACAACAGUCGACCGAACAACAAUUUCAGAUGAUGAAGAUAAGGUGCCAGAAGUCCCUGUCGACCAGGACCAAGGUAUCCUUCCAAAGCUGAUCGCAACUCUUGUUGGUCGCCGUCGCCAAGUCAAGAGCCUGAUGAAGGACAAGUCCGCAACCUCGGAGCAGCUGGCGACGUGGGAUAUCAAGCAGUUGGCUCUGAAGCUCACAGCUAAUUCUAUGUACGGUUGUCUUGGAUACACCAAGUCGCGCUUCUAUGCCCGCCCUCUAGCUGUUUUGACGACCUACAAGGGUCGUGAGAUUCUCCGCAGCACCAAAGAGUUGGCAGAGAGCAAGUCGUUACAGGUCAUCUACGGAGAUACAGAUUCGGUCAUGAUCAAUGCAAACGUGGACAAUGUCGCCGACGCCCUCAAGGUCGGCCACGAGUUCAAGCGCGCUGUCAAUGACAGGUACAAGCUCCUUGAGAUCGACAUUGAUAACGUAUUCCGCCGCAUUCUCCUCCAAGCCAAGAAGAAGUAUGCAGCAAUCAACCUUCUCGAGGUCGACGGCAAGUUUGUCGAGAAGAUGGAAGUCAAGGGUCUCGACAUGAAGCGCAGAGAAUACUGCGCCCUCUCCAAAGAAGUCUCCUCCAAACUCCUGAACGAGAUUCUCUCCGGCGAAGAGACGGAGAUCGUCAUAACACGCAUCCACGACUACCUCCGCGAGAUCUCAGGCAAAAUGAGGGAAGACCUCAUCCCCCUGCAGAAAUACACCAUCUACACCAAGCUCGGAAAGGACCCCAAGGACUACCCCAACGCCGACUCCAUGCCCCAAGUCCAAGUCGCUCUCCGCGAGCUCGCCCGCGGCAAGACCAUCCGCAAAGACGACGUCAUCGCCUACAUCGUCACCGGCGACGGCAAAUCCGCCAACGAACCCGCAGCGAAACGCUCCUACACCCCCGCAGACGUCAUGAAAGCCGACUCAGACCUUAAGGCGGACGCAGAGUGGUACCUUUACAAGCAGAUCUUCCCCCCCGUCGAGCGUCUCUGCGCGAACAUCGUAGGCACGGAUUCCAUGCGCCUAGCCGACUGUCUGGGCCUCGACGUGCGUAAAUACAGCAUCAACAAUAACGUUUCCAGCGGCGGCACCGAGACAGAAAUCCACCCGCUUGAAUCCCAGAUCGAAGACGAAGUCCGCUUCAAAGACGCAGCGCGACUGCAACUCAGCUGCCGAGUAUGCAAAGGCACCUUCGACUUCGAGGGACUCCUUGGCAGCCUGGACAGCGUGUCGCCGAACGGGAUUACGUGUCGUUGCGGGGCGACGCUGCGGAAUCUGGCGGUGCUGGCGCAGCUGGAGCAUCGGAUUCGGCUGGAGACGGCGAGGUAUUAUGAGGGCUGGUUGGUGUGUGAUGAUCAGGCUUGUGGUGCGAGGACGAGGCAGAUGAGUGUUUAUGGGCAUAGGUGUUUGGGGCCGAGGGGGCUGGGACAGGGGUGUUUGGGGAGGAUGGGGUAUGAGUAUUCGGAGAAGGCGAUGUAUAAUCAGUUGCUUUAUUUUUCGAGCUUGUUUGAUGUGGAGAAGGCGAAGGAGAAGUGUGGGGGGACUGAUAGGGAUCAAGUACUGGCGCUGGGAGAACAUAACAGGGCGAGGUUUGAUACGCUGAAGGGCGUGGUGGAGAGGUAUCUGGAUAAGUGUGGGAGACAGUGGGUUGCGAUGGAUAGCUUGUUUGGGAAGCUGGGGUGUUGACCGUGAGAGUUAUAAUGAGGGUGGGGUUUUAUGAUUGAAACAUGCAUUUUGUAUUUCCUGGGCGUUGGAGGAGCGAUGGGAUGUGGGUUUUUAAUGCCCUGUCUGGAUAGGCAAAUAUGAGUAUGAUGUUUUACAGAUUUGUACGGGGGUUACCAUUGAGAGUGUGUGUCUCGUAGAUAGGUGGUGCGAGAGAGGCGUUGGUAUUUGUUGUGAGCUGGCAAUAUUAUCUUACCAUCGCU